GGUCGACUGGCGGAGAAUGGGAGAGAGAAUGGGGGAGAGAGAGACGGAGGGAGGGAGGAGGAGGAACUAGUGGAGGAAAAAAAAGUUAAAGUAAAAAUGGCUUCCUUGUCUUUGGAGUCUGCAGAACAGUCUGAAAACAGCCCAGAAGAGCAGACUGCAUCGGAUAUUAAAGAAGAGAAAAACGCAGACAUCAUUUCUGAAGAGUUACUCAGAAGUUUUCAAAAGUCAGCUCUGAGUUUCUCCAGUGACCAAGUAUCAUGUCUGUGCGAGGCCCUCCUGCAGGCGGGCAAUGUGGAUCGCUUGUGGAGAUUUCUAUCCACCAUACCUCCUUCGUCCGAGCUGCUACGUGGCAACGAGACCCUGCUGAAGGCCCAAGCUCUGGUGGCUUUCCAUCGGGAGGAAUUCAAGGAGCUUUACGCAGUCCUGGAUGGCCACGACUUCCACCCGUCUAACCAUGGGUUCCUGCAGGACCUGUACCUGAAAGCCCGCUACAAGGAGGCGGAGAGGUCCCGGGGCCGUAGCCUGGGCGCUGUGGACAAGUACCGGCUCAGGAAAAAGUUCCCUCUUCCCAAAACGAUCUGGGACGGAGAGGAGACCGUGUACUGCUUCAAAGAGAAGUCCCGAAACGCAUUGAAGGAGUGCUAUAAGAGCAACAGGUACCCAAAUCCAGACGAGAAGAAGAACCUGGCAAAAGUCACCGGACUGUCCCUUACUCAGGUCAGCAACUGGUUCAAGAACCGCAGGCAGAGGGACAGGACCCCGUCUGGGACCCACAGCAAAAGUGAGUCUGAUGGGAACCACAGCUCAGAUGACGAGGGAAGCCCCAUGGACGACACUCCUGACAGACCAGAGGAUGCUCCUGGCUCCACUACCUCCAUCAUCUCUCUCUCUGCUGUCCCCUGCAGCACGGGAGGCCAACUGAUCCUCAACGGCUCCGGUGGCUUCCUUACGUCCCCUCAGUCGUUACUUCUUAAUGGAAACUCCCUAAUCUCCAGCAACGGAGGUGGUGUGAUCAUUAAUGGUCUGAGUUUGGGGGAUUGCCAGACAGUCACAUUGAGUCCCGUUGCAACUAACUCUCCUCUAAUACUGAACGGGGCUCAGGUAAUAACCAAGCCUAGUGUCAGUGUGCAGCAGCAGCUGCAAACAGUGUCUGUGGCAGAGCAUGGGAUUUCAGCCAUGAAUGCAAACCAGAGCAGUCUUCCAACUGUUGUUUUUAGCACGAACGCCACCCCAGCCUCAAACCAUCCUACCAUCAUCUCUUCAACUCUCCAAAUUAAGUCAGAAAGUAACAAUGCAAUGGACUUCAUCUCUGUCGCCAAAUCAGAGGACAGCAGCCAGAACGUAUCUUCCUCCUCUUCAUCUUUAUCCCCCUCCUCUCCAACUCUAUCAUCCCCAGCCAGUCUGCCCUCACUGGUCCUAACACCAAACACCCAACAGCAGGAGUCCCUCACAGCCUCUGUGUUGUCUUCUGUGCCUCUCUCCAUCCCGCAACGGGACUAUGCUGUCAUAGCAUCUGCUGCUCAACACUUAAACCCUCCUAGCUCUAUUGUUGUCUCCAGCAGCUCCACCCCUCAGGUACUCUCUCUGCCCCAGGUUGUUCCUUCCAUCCAUGGUAAGCCAGUAUCCCAGCUUGUGCAGCACUCUUCGGGAGCACAGGUUUCCCAGUGCCCCCAGUUGGUCCCAGUAUCCUCUCUUGCUUCGCCAAUGCCUCAUUUCCAAAGCCAGACAGUGAACACAGGCAGCAGACUGGUGCAGCAACAACAGGAUGUGUCAACGACUGAAGGUGCUACAACCAUAGUCUCCAUCUCCCAGCUUCUACAGAGAACAGCACCUCAGCAAGGGGACCAAACCAUAAACUCAACACCUGGCAAAGUCCAGGUCCCACAGGUUAUAUCCAUUUCUUCCCCAACACAGGUGGUCCCAGUCCCCCAUGCCAAAGGCAUCACACCAGCACAGUUAGUCCCUCCAUCCAUGCCCCAGUUGGUCCCAGUCUCCCACAUCCAAACUCCAUCCACCAUCUCCUUCCCUCAAGUGGUUCCUGCCAGUCCUUCUCUCUCUGCCGGUAUGCCCCUACAGAUCCUGACCUCAGCGCCUGCAACUGCUGGGGUCUCACAGGGUCCUCUGAGGAUAAACCAGCUGAGGCCUAUCCAAGGUGUGGUUCCCCCAACCAGCAUGGCUCCUGGUGUGCAGCUCCUGAACUCUGGUAUCAUUCAGCUUCCCUCAGCUCCCUCAGGUAACCUUCUCCUCGGUGGUAGCCCCUACCUGAGUGUCCAGCAAGGCAAGCUGAUUUUGACCAUCCCAGCAGGCAUCCAACUCGCCAGUUUACUAAAACCAGUCCCUGAGGCUCCACCCAUGCCUGCUAAUGGACUGAAUCCCAUCUUUACCCACUCGGCCCCCCAAGUAGCCUCCCAGCCUUCAACCAUCUCCGCUCCGACCCCCAACGUCCUCACAUCCUCACCCUUAAACUUCAUCAACUCAUCUCCCCCAUACUGUGCUCCAGAGACGGGGACACCUGCGACCCCUUCCCCUCACACACUGGACCAGUCAGUCACUCCCACAACUCCGAACACUCUCACUCCAGAAAGUAUGCUCACCCUCAGUCCCAUGUACAGCGGAAUGAUACCCAACACCCAGCUCUCUCAAUCAGCCUGGAGCCCCGUACCCCUCUCCACUUCUGCUGGUCUGACUCUGUUUGACGUCCGUAACAAGGGGGACCUACCUGUAGACCCAGCAUUGUUAGGCCUACCUGGAGGUGAGUCGCUGCUGUUGGGAAGUCCUUCAUCGGAGCAGGAUGUGGAUGCCAACUCAGCGCUGGGGAACCCAGAGGGGAUGGAUGGGGAUUCUAAGAUUCUGACUCAGUUACAGUCUGUCCCUGUGGAUGAUGAACUGGGCCUGUAGUAUGUUUAUGUUGCUAACUGGCAACCUUGUGUCUCUAAAAACAAAAAGGAUGAAACACUCAGUAGGUUACUAAAUCUUAAGUUCACUUUUUUAGUGAUCUGAAGAUCUUAUUCAACUUUGUUGAUCCUCUAAGAACAAUCAAGUCUUUAAUAACAUGUUUAUGUUCUGGUGUGUCCAACAUCGAUGCUCUCUCAGCAGGGCCAUCGUGGUCUUAGCUGGCACUUUUCAGAUACAUCCUCUGCAGCUGUACUUCACAUUGAUCAGCAGGCUUACAAAGGAUGCUUUACUUAAAGCCUUAUGUGCCUUACUUACUGGAGUUAUUAAAUCCAGACAAAAGAACUACCACAGAUUGAUCUGAU